AUGGCAACGGUUACCCAAGUGCAGGAAGCGACGAACGCUGACGGUCAGCCAAUCAAGUUGGCUGUCGCAUACAGCGAUGAGGUACAUAAUCAGGCAAAAUACGCAGCCUACCUACCUGUAUACGACACCACGACUAAGUUUCCGCCAACGCCACUGUUCGAUCAUGAUGACCGAGGCCGACAUGCCGACCCUGCGAAGCCAAAUUUGUUAUCGAAAGAAAACCCGCAAAUCAAGGUUAACAAGCUGACACCCCGCGUUGGCACCGAGAUCACGGGACUUCAACUCUCUGAACUAACUGACAUUCAAAAAGAUGAGCUUGCGUUGCUCAUAGCCGAAAGAGGUGUCGUUGUAUUCCGUGACCAAGACUUUAAAGACAUCGGGCCUGAGAAACAGAAGGAGUUUGGCGAGUACUUUGGCAGAGUCCAUGUCCACCCCGUUGGCGCCCACGUCAAAAAUCAUAUCGAGUUCCAUUCUAUCUACUUGGGCAAGGAUAAUCUUUACCGACUUGGUCGCUCCAGCUCUAAGCUCACAACGACUGGGUACCACUCGGACGUUUCAUACGAGCACCAACCGCCCGGCAUCACAUUGCUCACUCUCCUCCAAGUACCCUCAACUGGUGGCGACACAGGAUGGACAUCGCAGGCCGCGGCUUACGAAAGGCUGUCUGAGCCUUUGAAGCAUUUCCUCGAGGGAUUACGUGCUGAGCACAGUGGGUUUCCACAAGCUGACCGUGCCGCCCGCGACGGGCAUUUUGUUAGACGUGAUCCUGUCAAGAGCUACCAUCCCAUCGUGAGAGUACAUCCCGUUACCGGACAGAAAGUUCUUUUCGUAAAUCCUGGAUUCACCAAGCGCAUUGUCGGACUGAAGGAUGAGGAGUCCGAUGCUAUACUGAAGCUUCUUUUCAAGCACAUCGCCCAGAGCCAGGAUAUCCAAGCAAGAGUGAAAUGGGAUGACCGUACCGUGGCGCUGUGGGACAACAGAGUGACUGCCCACACUGCCAUCAGCGACUACGAUGUAAGCGACGAAGCAGAAGGGCUAAGGCAAGGAUUCCGCAUCACGACUCUGGGAGAGGUACCGGUUGGGGUCAAUGGUUUGAAAUCGGAGUGGGACUAA